AUGAAUUAUAGAACACCCACUGUAAGCAAUCUGUACCUCAGUGGCACUACUAGGCCUGAAGCAGACCAUGGGACAACCAUUGAUGAGACUGGAUCAGAAACUGUUGCAAUGACACCUGAACCCAGCAGCUUUAUCAGCACCAAAAUUCCAGAUGUGGUCAGCAAUGGCCCAAUCAUGGAGCCCAUGCUGCUAUCCUUUGGCAUCAUUACUGUUAUUGGGUUGGCAGUAGCAGUGGUUUUGUAUAUUCGGAAGAGGAAACGAUUGGAAAAGUUACGACAUCAGCUCAUGCCCAUGUACAAUUUUGAUCCUGCAGAAGAACAAGAUGAGCUGGAGCAAGAACUGCUAGAGCAUGGCAGAGAUGCUGCUUCUGUUCAGGCUGCCCAAAUCAAGGCAAAUCAAGGUGUUCUCCAGAGACCCAGUCGUCUUGUGUUCACAGAUGUUGCAAAUGCCAUCAGUGCAUGAAGAACGCUUCCCCUACACGAGAUACAGGAAGAGGACACCAGCCAGUUAGCAAGCUACUGUGGAUAGUGACUAUCAAUUCUCGCUGGG